AUGAUGGACACGUCAUCGACCGUCAAUACGCCCACUUCUGGAGCACGUCCGACGGACGAUGAAGCACUCCGAAAAUUCAAAUGUGAGGAAUGUGGCAAAGCUUUCAAGUUCAAACAUCAUCUGAAGGAACACAUCCGAAUACAUUCAGGAGAGAAACCAUUUGAGUGUCCUUCAUGUCACAAGCGGUUCUCCCAUUCUGGUUCCUAUAGUUCCCAUAUGAGUAGUAAGAAAUGUGUACAGCAGUCAUCUUCGAACAUGCUGCCACAGAUGAAUGCCUACCAGAUGAUGUUCUACCGCAAUCUAUUAAUGCAGUUACAGUCAGCCUCUAUUCCUGCAAGCCCUACUCCCACCGUUCCAUCAUUGGAUGCUAAUGCUUAUUUAACACUUCUCCAUAGUAAUAUGCUACAAGGGUUGUGUGACAUCCAGCGAACACCUUCUCCUACAUCUUCUCCAGCUUCUCUUUUAUCCAAUCAAAUGACGUUAAGCGUCAAGUCUUCCGAAGCCAGUCCAUCAGCUAACUCGUGCAUCACAGAGCCUGAAAAGCCUAAAACACCACAAAUUAAGGAAGAACUGAUUGAGGAUAAACUUGACACAACCACCACAACUUCUUCGUCAGCAACAAGUCCAUCACCAGCUAUGAAUGUUAACGAGUCUGAAUCUGAUUCCAAUAAAGAAGAUGGAUGGAGACCACUUCGUUCAAGAAGUUUCUUAACUGAUUCUCAGGUAGCCAUUCUCCAUACACAUUUCAAACGUAAUCCAUUCCCAUCCAAAUACGAGCUGUCUGCUGUAGCUGAGCAGAUCGGGGUCAACAAGCGAGUUGUGCAGGUUUGGUUCCAAAACACUCGUGCAAAAGAAAGACGUAGCAAUCGUCUGCCAAUUCCUAGUCGUUGGAUAAAUUCAGCUUCUGGUGUUACCUCAUCUGCCACUACGCCACCAAUUCUCUCUCCAAGCUUAACUAUGCCAUCUCCUAACAGCUUAAGUUCAGCUUUAACAGCUCCAACAGCUGCACAGAUCAUGGCCGUAUGGGCACAGCAAUGCGCAGCCGUUGCUUCACAGGAUGAAAUCAAAGAAGAUUCUCCCGAAAAAAGCGAAAGCCCUUCGUUAGAGCUUACUAAGGAGGAAACUGAGCCUGAAUGGAUUCCCGAGAACUUAUUAGGAUUCAUGGAUCGAAGCACAACUUCACUUCAACAACUCUUAGCUCAAGUAUCAGAAGCAGCCUCAGCUGCUGCUCCGACAACACCAACAGCUUCGGAAUCGAAAAACGAUUCGUCGGUCAGCUCUUCCAUUUGGCCAUCUGCGAAUGUAUUUCUGAACCAAUACAACAUUUUACAAAUGAAUGGAUUAUCGGACUUAGAGAAAGUUUUAACGCAAACACAAAAUACCAAGAGUGAAGAUGGAGAUGAAACAACUAGCUUAGCUUCAAAUGAUUCUAAACGUAAUAAUUGGAAAGCGCACAAAGUCGAAGAAGAAGGUCUUUAUGCUUGCGAUCAAUGCGAUAAAAUGUUUGGAAAACAAAGUUCUCUAGCCAGACAUAAGUAUGAACAUUCAGGUCAAAGACCAUAUAAAUGCGAUGUAUGUGACAAAGCUUUUAAGCACAAACAUCAUUUGACUGAACAUAAACGUCUUCAUUCAGGAGAAAAGCCAUUCCAGUGUGAUAAAUGCUUAAAACGCUUCAGCCACUCAGGAAGUUAUAGUCAACAUAUGAAUCAUCGCUAUUCAUAUUGUAAACCAUAUAGAGAGGGAACUAUCGCUUCUCCUGAUUCUUUAGAAUCACAAGCACCUUCUUCAGAUGGAAAUAGCUCGCCAUGUCCAUUACCUAUUUCUGUACCAUUAAUGUCUAAUUUUUCUUUAAACCUCCAUUCACCAAGCUCAGCCAGUUUAGUCAGUCCAUCCCCAGUUUAG